AUUACUACAAAGAGUUGCCUGCAUCCAGACAGUUUAAUUUGAAGCAAGAAACCACUACCCCUUUAUCAUCAACAGAAACACAUCCCAUAAUUCUCGGAGACUAGUCACUGAAUAUUGGAGAAAAACGAUUCACGCUCUCAAUAGCUUCCUGUGCUAACACACAUAGGCUUGGCUGGUCUGCUAUAGAGAGACUGUGACAGGCCCACUCUCUCGUUCCGAGGAAUGGAAGAUACUGCAGAGUCCCAGCUACAAGGUCUCAAUUUGCAAGGUGUGAAACAAACUAAUGGAGUGGAAUAUAUGAAUGGUGAUGGUGUGAACUCAUCACAGAAAAUGGAUGACUUUGAAGCUCAGUUUCAGCCUGUUCCAACAGGCAAAGCUGUUUCAGGAUUAGAUCCCAAUGCUAGUCCCUUUGAACCCUCGGGUCAACAUAGUGAUUUAUUGGGCUUGGAAACAAGUGACCAGACUGUGCCCCCUGAUGACCUCUCGGCAAACAUGGUCACUGCCCCAGACCAACAGCCGCCAUCAAAUGAUGAAGUGUUAAUAGAUUUUAGUGGAAAAGAUCAAGCUUCAUCCCCAGCUCCUCCUUCCAAAGGUGAAGGGCAUAUAGACCCAUUUUCAAUGGAUGUUGGACAUACAGAUUUACCCUCCUCUGAAGGAAGGCAAUCUUUACCGCAAGGUAUGGGUGUUAAUGUUGAAGGCUCAUUGGAUAAUUUUGACCAAGAUCAAGGUGCUUCUGAAAUGGAAUGUCAAUGUGAUAAUGAACCAGAAAAAAGUCUUUCGCAAAAUGUGGAUGAGUUUGCCCAUUCACAAAAUAUGAACCUUAGUCUUUCUAAUAUUCCUCGUGAUAUGAUAGAAUCAAAUCUUGCUCAAGAGGAGGAAACCGUGCCUAUGUCCCAUGAGGAUCAAAGUGCAUAUCAGCAUGUCUCAUCCCAUGAGAGAAGUUCUUUUAAUGAACAAAUAGUACCAGGAGUGUGUUCAUGUGUUGAGGAACCUGAACCAGAAGUUUCAGAGGAGGAGGAGGUCAAAGAGGAGCAGCGUGGUGCUCCUCAGCCUCAACACCAAACUGAAGAGGAAGAGUUUGGCGGAGAGGAAUACUAUGAUGAUGGUUCUGAUGGUUCAUAUGGUGAGGAAGAAGGUGGAGAACAGAUGGAGUACCAAGAUGGACAAGAUGAGGAGGAAGGUGUGGUUUAUACAGAUGAGGAAGAUUAUACUGAUGAUGACUAUGAUGGUCCUGACAGCUACAGAGCAAGCGAAGAAAGAGAGGUAGUCUCGGACUAUGAUGGAGAGGCAAGAUCUAGUGAGGAGCGUCAAAUGUCAGAAGACAUGGGGAAUGUUGCUGCACAAACAACACCUACAACCCAGACAGAAGUCACUCAUGUGGCAGAUACACAGGAAGUAUCUCAUACGACAGAAUCAGAUUUCACCACUGAGGAGAAAAAUGAUGAAAAGCUGAGAGAGGAAAAUGAGGUCAGCAAUGGCCAUGGAGAUCAGAGAGUUAGUGAGGAGAGAGAGGGAGUUCCACUGGGUGAGGAUGAGAGAUUGAAUGAGGAGAGAGAGGUCCAAUUGCAUGAAAGAGAUGAGAGUAAAAGAGAGGAGUUGAAUGACACUUUUGAAAGUGAAAUUAAACCUCAAGAGGAUGAAUCUGUUAAGGAGAGUGGUAUGAGUGAAAGUGAUGUGAAGGAGCAAGACAUUCAAAAAGAUGAAAAGGAGGAUCAAUAUGCUUAUGAGGAAGAAGAGAGCUUUGAGGCUGAGAGAGAAGUUAGUGAAGAAAGAGACAUUCAAAAUGUAAUUCCCCCACCUAGUGCUGAUAAGCCACAUGAUGUUGUUAAAGACACUUUUUAUGAUAAGGAAGAAACCAAAACUGCUGAAAGACUUUCAGAAUUUGAGGAAGAUGAGAAUGAAAAAUACAUUGAAAAUGGUGAAAUAGCACAAGAGGAAGUGAAUGAGGAAGUGGAUGUGGAUGACAUUACAGUGGAAGAUAAAUCUCCAGAACUGGAAGAAAGCAAAAGUCAGGUUCCAGAUGUGAUUCUAACCACUAUGCAGGAACCUCAUAGAGAAAUCCCUGUUGAAAAUCCAAAAUUGUUUGAUAUGGGUGAGAGUGAGGAGGGUGAGAUAGAAAUUCAAAGUAAUGUGAGUGAGUUUGGGUCUCAGUAUGCAGAGAUGGGGGAUGAUAGGAUGGAUGAGGAAGAAAGCAAUUUCAGUAAUGGAGACAAUGGGGAACCCAAAGAUGAGUAUUAUCCCGAUGAAAGAGAGCAAGAAAUGGAGAGAGAGGAAUUUGAUCAACAAGAUGUUGAGGACUUUGUAGAACAACAGGAGAGCAAUAUUAGUGAGUGUGUGCCAGAGGAUGCAGUUGUACACAAGGAUAAUAUGGAAAGCAUAGGUUUUGAUACAAAUGAGAGACAAAUGGAAAUACCACAAGAAAGUGAUCAAAUUGACAUUUCUGAACAAGAAAUUGCAUCUAGAAUAGAGGGUACUAUAAUUGUGGAUAAACCACCUGACUUUGAAGAACUUGAUCAUGAGCCACCUGAGGAACACCCACAUAAAGCUGAUACUUUCAUUGAGAGUGAGGGAUCAGACAUGGAAGAAAGGUCCAUUACCCCUGAUCCCGACCAGAUGAUUAAAAUGGCUUCACCAAGGAGUGAAGUGCCCCAAGAAGUAUGUGACCCAUUGUUCCAUAACAAAGAACCCAUAGUUGAGACAGAAGAUGAACAGUUGGAGCUUAAAGUGGAUGAACCAGAAAUUUCCGCACCACCACCUGAUGCAAUGACAGGAUCAAUUGUCCUGGAUGAGGGGCAAACAGUUGAAGAACAUGUUCCUACAGAAUCAAGUAAGGCUAUGAUGGAGGGUUCUCUAAUAUUAGAUGAAGGGAAAACAAUUGAAGACGCACAACCUGUAGAAGAAGCAACGUUUGAGGAGAGUCCUGAAGAAGAAAUUGCACCUAAAAUGAGUGGAACUGCAAUGGAAGGUUCCCUUAUAUUAGAUGAAGGGCAAACAAUUGAAGAUGCCAAGCCUGUUGAAGAGGCUAAGUUUGAAGAGAGUCCCGAAGAAGAAAUUGCACCUAAAAUGAGUGGAACUGCAAUGGAAGGUUCCCUUAUAUUAGAUGAAGGGCAAACAAUUGAAGAUGCCAAGCCUGUUGAAGAGGCUAAGUUUGAGGAGAGUCCUGAAGAUGAAAUUGCACCCCCUAUGAGGGAAAGUGCAAUGGAAGGUUCUCUGAUAAUGGAUGAAGGACAGACAAUUGAUGAUCUUCCAGCUGAACACACUUCAGUCAUGGAAGGAUCUUUCGUAAUGGAUAAAAGCCAAACUAUUGAGGAUCUUCCUACAGAACAGACAGGGUCUGUAAUGGAAGGUUCUUUGAUAAUGGAUGAAGGUCAGACUAUUGAUGAUUUGCCACAGCAGCAGGAUGUCAUGUCAAGGUCUCUGAUGGAAGAUUCUAUUGUUAUGGGUGAAGGAGAAACUUUCGAAAACCAAGAAAUCCAAGCUGAACACUCCGGAUCAACAAUGGAAGAUACAAAUACAUCAGAAGACAGUCAAGCCUCACAAAAAAUGAAUGUCAUGACUGGAUCCAUGAUGGAGGGAUCCAUAGUUCUUGAUGAGGAGGAAAAAUUAGAGGACAGGUUUCCUGAAGAUGCCAUGUCAAAAUCAAUGCUGGAAGAGCAUGAGGCUAAAUUCAGGGAGGAAGAACCUGAAACACGUGAGGAAGAGCAAACCUCUGAAAUUUCACCAGCAAAUGUUGCUGAGGAGUCCCUUUAUGAAAGUUAUACUGAAUCUCAAAAGGAGGAGUCAUUAAGAAGCACAAGUAUAGGGUACAUGGAUGAUGAAACAAGGCUACAGAGACAGACUGCACAAAACAUGGUGGAAAAUGUUUUAAAUGAUGCCAUUGAUACAGUUGAAAGCAUGCAGAAAACAGAUGAUAUUUCAGUUGAAGAAUCUUAUACAGAGAAAACGGAAAGUGGUUUCGAAGAAAGUGUUCCAGAAAAAUCAGAGCAGCUCUUAGAGAGUACAGAAGAUGCAUCAAGUGUAGAACCUUCCAUGGAAAAAACAGAAAGUGCAGUAGAAGAGUGUAUUCCAGACAAAGGGGACAUUUCUACUGAAGAGCCAUCCACAGAGAGAACAGAGGAAAGUGCUGCUGAGGAACCUUCAGUUGAAAAAUCUGAAGAAAGUCCUGUUGCUGAGCCUCCACCAGAAAAGGCCGAAGUGGCUGAGGAAAAGCCAAAGGAGGUGGCUGUAGAGAAAGAAACAGCCCCUGAGAAAGAGGGAAAAACAGAACUGAUCGUCAAAACAGACGAGGUUAAAAAGAAAGAAAAGGUUUUAAAGGAGCCUAAACAAGUGACCAAAACUGAAAAAGAUAAAAAGAAUGUCUCUGUCUUAAGUAAAGAACAUAAAAAGGAAGUAAAAGAGAAAAAAGAAAAGCCAAAACCCAAAGCAAAAGCCCCUGCAAAAGUUGAAAGUAAACCAACAAGUGCUAAAACAGAGACUGAAAAAGCACCUGUUAAGGACAAUAAAUAUAGUCAUAUCACAAGUCGUCUAACCCAGGAUACAAGUGCUAGUCUAGCUCGUAAAACUGUGAAAAGAACUGAGCUACUUAAACAAACUGACUCCAAACUUCCGUCUCCCGAGAAGGGAGAUGUCACAAGGCGGAGUCAGUCUGCAACUCGACAGGCUAGGGUGCCACGGAAACCCAAGGAUGUGUCCACACCAGAUGUUAAGGAAUCAUCAAUUUCUCGUUCCAAGUCCACUCCUAGGCCUGGGGCUCAGAGGAAGCUUAGCCCUAGUCCAAUGAGAGGCCAAGCAACCACCACAAGGAAUGCCAGACCCACCAGACUUCUCCAGCCCAGAAAAGAUGCCCCAGCUGCUAAUGGUGUAACUUCACCGGCAAGUGGUACAGAUGAGGAAAAGGCAGGGAAAAGGACUCCAUCAGCCUCCUCCAAGAAGAAGUAUGGCAUAGACUCCAAGAAUAUGUCCUACAAACCUGGGGGUGGUCAAGUCAAGAUUUUCGACCAGAAGGUACAAGUCAAGGCCUCGCCUAAGGUCAAUGCUGGUGCCAAAACUCCACCUGGAUCAAGUACUUCACCUAGAAAAGAAUCUCCACGACCUAAACCUACCACUCCUAAAGGACCAGCCCCUAACGUGAAGAAUGUCACAUCAAAGAUUGGUUCUCUUAAGAAUGCCAAUUAUACUCCAGGAGGAGGGCAGGUAAAGAUUGCCAGUAAAAAGAAAGAUUAUUCCACUGUGACAAGUAAAGUAGGGUCCACAGCAAAUAUGGACCACAAGCCAGGUGGAGGGGAGAAAAAGACUGGUGGUAAAAAGAUAUUAUCGCAGAAAUUGGAUUGGAAGACGAAUUCCAAAAUAGGCUCCUUGGAUAAUGCCAAGCACUCGCCAGGCGGCGGUAAUGUUAAAAUUAAAGAUGAGAAAGUUGAAUGGAAAACUACCUCAAAAAUUGGAUCCCUUGACAAUGCUAGUCAUAUUCCAGGGGGCGGUAAUGUGAAAAUUGAGAGUCACAAAGUUGAAAUCAAGGCCCACUCCAAGGUUGGUUCUACUGAUUACAUGUCCCAUAAACCUGGGGGAGGCCAGAAAAAGAUUGAGACACAAAAAUUAGACUUUAAAGAAAAAGCUAAACCUAAAGUGGAAUCCAAGACGAACCACAAGCCAGGAGGUGGUGACAAAAAGAUAGAAACACAAAAAUUAAACUUCAAGGAAGGCGCCAAGUCUCUGACGGAUUCAGGGACCGCAACUCCAAAAGUCCGCACAGAAAGCGCGAACUCACAAGAUAGCGCCAACUAAUCACCCCCUUCAUUUUCAUCAACUCAAUUUCUUUUUCGAUGUCAAGGUGGCUCAGACUUCAUAAUUGGAUGUGUCCUGAUAGAGAUGUUCUACUGGAAUAGACAGAAAAUCGGGAUUUUUAACAAUUCAUGUUCUUUCUGACGAUGUGGGCAAGCUUAUGGUAAUUCUAUUGUGAUGCUUCAAGUUUAGCUGUAUAUAGAGAACAAAGGGACAUAAUCCACCUUGAUUUUUUUUAACUGUUAAUCAGUACAUUUCGAACAAAGUACAAUCACAUAUACUUAAAUUGAUUAUAGAACGUAUACUUUUUGAGGAAUUUUCAAUUCAGUCAUUUGCAUACUUUAAGAUAUUAUUGCACAAAAUAGUAGUGAAUACUGAAUAGGUUGUAAUUUAUUAAAUGCUUUUUCUUGUACUUUAGGAAGAAUUCAUAGAUAUUAUUCAAAGAAAGGAAUUUGUAUUAUUUCAAAAAAAAAUUUAAUAAAUUUCAAUCACUCAUAAAAAAGAUGAACUCACAAUAUGAGAUUUUGUAGGUCAGAUACUUAUAAUUAUUUGUUAAUCACUUAAUUAUCAGUGUCUAGUCUUUGCUGUAUUUUUGAAUUGUGUUAAUUGUCAUUUCUUUGUAUAUUUUUCUCUGCACAAUGAAUAAUGAACCCACAACUAGAAAACAGGAUUUUUUCAUGCCAUGACAAAUGCUGUGUUUUUAAUUAUGUAUGUGGAGAAGGUCUUUCGUAUGUUGUUAAGUUUGUGUUUUUUUAUAUUUCAUUGUUCUAAGAGUUUUAUUUCAAAUUUUGGUUGUACAUUUCCAUUUUUUAAUUUUGAAAUAGAUUUACAUCUAUCUGUCAUUAACAGUUAAGGAAAUUAAGUCUUAGGUUGAAGCAGAUGAAGAUUAUGUAAGAUUUUCUGUUUGUUUUGUCCAAAGGAGAAUUUUUCUAAUACUUCCGUGAUUCUUCCAUGAUGCUUGUGUAAUAAAAUGCUCUAGUGGAAGCUUUUCAUCAGCACAGUUUAUUUUUCUCCUUGUGAAUUUACCUAGCACUUCUUUCAUAUACUCUACAAACUCUACAUCUACUUCCAACAAAAACAUUUCACAAAGGAAGGGAAAUAACUCUUGAACAGUGUGGUAGAUUGAACUUUCAAAAUUUUUUAUCAGUGCUUAAAUAAAAGUAUUUAGAAAUAAAUGAAAGAUGUUUUAAAUUUUGUCAAUGUAAUUUAUUUUAUUAUGAGGAGAAUACAUCUAGUUUAAAGCACUUCUAUUUAUUGCACGUAGCAUGUGUCCUCAAUUAUAAUAAAAAAUGUUUGAUUUUUCUAAAUAUAUUUACAUUUCCACUUUUUCAAUGAUAUAUUAAGAAUACAUUAAAGGCUGUCAUUGUGAAUUUAUAAUGCUGGUAUACCAAAGUUUAUGGUAUUAAAUUCAGUACAUUUACUGGAAGAAAUGUCACAUGCAGUUUUCUGUUUUUAGUAUAUUGCUCUAUAUUCUGAAGUAGGUAGAUUUUAGUUAUAAGCACUUGUAGUUGAUCUAUGUAACAUUGCUUAUAGAUAUGCAUUAAACUAUAAAAACAA